AUGGCGACGACGACGACUGUGGCCGCACCCCCGAUGGAGCGACAGCACUCGGAGGCGUGGACAGAGUCGACGAGCACUUCAACCAACCGUCCUCUCUCCUUCACGCCUACUGCCUCUCGCCGCCCAUCCCACCUCUCUCUUGCGUCCCGCCGAUCAAGUUAUGCCGACAGCCACCGUCGCUUGCGGUCCAUCCGCUCCGUCUCGGUCGUCAGCGAACUCGGCGCAGACCUCGCCGCGAUCGCCAAGGCGCACAAGAAGCAGUACCUCAUGUCGGAGCACAUCUACCGACGAUGCGAUGCGCUGGGCUGGUUCCCAGACGCAGACUGGGGCAACAUCGUCGCCGUGCGCGCGACAGUCGGAACCGCUGGAUCGAGUUCCUACGCCUCGUACCCGCCCGCGAACGAAGUCGACGGCGCAGACGUCCUUCUGGAAGGACUCGCGACGAUCAAUGCUGAAGCGGCGGUCAUCGUCUCCAGCCACGUCGUGCGGAGCAUCUUGCAGACGAUCGAUGAUUCGCAGGAACGAAUCACCCUCAACGACGACGUUUCCAUCCAGAUCCUCGACACCCUCGAGGACCUUAAGGGCGCCAAGCGGCAUCAGUACGCCGCCUUUAUCCGCUCGAACCUCGCACUCGUCCUCUGGAGCGACGACGUCACGACCCUCAUUCCGAACGGCCAGACGAUCUCGGAGCUCAUGCUCGAGUACAUCUGGAAGCAGCAAGACGACCCUACCGACGUCGAGGACGAGGCGGAGCAGGAGGACGUGGCCAAGAAGGACGACGUCGACCUCGAGGCGGCGGAAGAAGCGCAGACCGAAGCGUUUAAGCGACGACCAGUCGGCCUCCUCUCGCCCCUCCACGUCGGUCUCGCACUCGGUAUCAACAUCUUCGUCUCGCUCAACACGCUGCGGAUCCUCAUCACCGAGUACUUGACCGACGGAUACUGGCCUCGUCUCCUCAUCGCCCUCGCCAUCCCCUUCCAGUUCUGCGUCUCGCAGUUCUUCUGCGUCAUCGUGGUCGCCAUCAUCCUCCAGCUCCUCGGACCCGUCAAGCAGAUGUCGAUGUGCAACCGGUACUACUCCGGCGUCAAGCCGCCCAGGAUGAAGGGCCCGCUCCCCGACUUUACGAUUCUCAUGCCGGUCUACAAGGAGGGACUCGAGUCCGUCCUUCAACCGACUAUCCGGUCGCUUCAGGAAGCGAUCAAGACGUACGAACUGCAGGGCGGUUCCGUCAGCAUCCUCGUCUGUGACGACGGUAUGCAGCUCCUCAACGAGCGUGACUUUGCGACUCGCAAGGCCUUCUACGAGGCGAACGCGAUCGCCUACGUCGCUCGACCGGGACACGGCAAGCACUACAAGCGUGCGGGACGCUUCAAGAAGUCGUCCAACCUCAACGUCGCGCUCGAGCUCUCGAUCGACGUCGAAAAGCGCAUGAAGGCUCGCAGGCCGAGCCGGCUGCCCGAUAACCCUUGGACGCACGAGGAGGAGCAGGCGCUGUACGAGGUGUGCUUGCAGGAGGCCGUCGCCAAGACGCAGCGCGUCAUUCCGGCUGAGACGGAGAAGGAGAAGGAGGCACCUCGCACGCUGGGCGUGUGGGCGGCGGGCAACAUUCGCAUUGGCGAGUUGAUCCUCAUCAUCGACUCCGACACGCGAGUACCCGCCGACUGCUUCCUCGACGCUGCAUCUGAGAUGCACUGGUCCCCCGAAUGCUCGAUCAUCCAGCACGUCUCCGACGUCAUGAUCGUCGCCAACAACUUCUUCGAAAACGGUAUCGCCUUCUUCACCCGUCUCGUCAACACCUCGAUCUCGUGGGUCGUCGCGAACGGCGAUGUCGGCUGUUUCGUCGGUCACAACGCCUUUAUCCGCUGGUCGGCUUUGCAGGAGAUUGCGCAGUGGAAGGAGGACGAGAAAAGGUGGCAGAUUUGGUCCGAGUCGCAUGUGUCGGAGGACUUUGACUGCGCCCUUCGCAUGCUCGUCGCUGGUUACGAUGUUCGCUGGGCGACCUACUCGAACGGCGGCUUCCAGGAGGGAGUGUCGCUUUCGGCCGAUGACGAGAUCAACCGUUGGCAGAAGUACGCUUUCGGCGUCUCGGAGCUGUUGCUCCAUCGCUUCAAGGACUGGCCGACCAAGGGGCCCUUCACGCCGAUGGCCAAGCACUUCUUCUGGAGCUCGAACUUGCCGAUCCACUACAAGUUCUCGAGUUGGGCGUACAUGAUGAGUUACUACGGUAUCUCGGUCGCCUUCCCUCUCUCCGUCGCUGGCUACAUCCUCUACGGUCUCUACAUCCCGAGUCUCGACAACGCCUACCUCCCGUCGUGGAAGGUCAACGUCUCGCUCUUCGUCGUCUUCGGUUGCGCCGCCGCCUUUGCGUUCGCCAUCCUGCGGUACCGUGCUGGUCAAUGCGGACUGCACAUCGCAAUGUGGGAACAACUAAAAUGGACGCCAUUCAACACUAUAUUCUUCAUGGGAUUGUCUAUCCCUGUCGCCGAAGCGCUCUUGGCCCACCCCUUCGGCUACGACAUGCAGUGGGCGGCGACGGUCAAGGAGGCGACCUACAGCACGAUCUUCACCGAACUGCCGUCAAUCUUCAGGAAAUUCCGGACGACAUUCGCGCUCUGCUUCGCCUGCAUCGUCAUGGUCGUCGUUUUCGCCUUCAUACCAAUCAUGGAGUACCAGAUUCUGGACUGGGUUUCGCUCAUUCCGCUGCUACUCUGCGUUCUUGGGCACAUUCUGUACCCAUUCCUACUCAACCCCGCCAUCAUGUCCUUGCGCUUCUAG